AUGGCGAAUUCGGAGAACAACUGCGGCGGCGGAGGAGCGGAGGCCGGCAAGGGGAAGGACGCGAGGACGAGCGCCGUGCACAGCCUGGUGAGGAGGAUCCGGCGAGAGGAGGAGGAGAUGGUGGAGUCCUCGCCGCCGGCGGUGCUGGAGUGGAGGCACGAUCUGCGGGGCUUCGCCCCGCGGCGGAUCUCGCCUUCGCCCCUCGGGCGUCGCCGGAUCGGGCGAGCCAUCUCCGUCGGCGACUGA